CCUAACCUUCCCGGCUCCCCGCAAACCCCGCUGCUCGUGUCCCGCGCCGCCUGUACUGCAGGAAGGAUCUGCGGGCUCCAGCCGCGCUGGCCCGAGUGCGCUGCCCGCACCAUGCCCCGCAUAGAUGCGGACCUCAAGCUGGACUUCAAAGAUGUCCUGCUCCGACCCAAGCGAAGCAGCCUCAAGAGUCGAGCCGAGGUGGACCUUGAGCGAACCUUCACAUUUCGGAACUCGAAGCAGACCUACUCGGGGAUUCCUAUCAUUGUGGCCAACAUGGACACCGUGGGGACGUUUGAGAUGGCAGUGGUGAUGUCACAGCACUCCAUGUUUACAGCGAUUCACAAGCAUUAUACCCUGGAUGACUGGAAGCUCUUUGCAGCUAAUCACCCAGAAUGCCUACAGCAUGUAGCCGUGAGUUCGGGCAGUGGGAAGAAUGAUCUGGAAAAGAUGAGCAACAUCCUGGAAGCUGUGCCGCAGGUUAAGUUUAUUUGCCUGGAUGUGGCCAAUGGGUACUCGGAACACUUUGUGGAGUUCGUGAAGCUGGUCCGGUCCAGAUUUCCAGAACAUACCAUCAUGGCAGGGAACGUGGUGACGGGAGAGAUGGUGGAAGAGCUUAUUCUUUCUGGAGCAGAUAUCAUCAAAGUGGGAGUUGGACCAGGUUCCGUGUGCACCACCCGCACCAAGACGGGGGUGGGCUACCCCCAGCUGAGCGCUGUGAUCGAGUGCGCAGACUCGGCCCACGGCCUGAAGGGGCACAUCAUCUCCGACGGAGGCUGCACGUGUCCAGGAGAUGUCGCCAAAGCCUUUGGGGCUGGAGCAGAUUUUGUCAUGCUGGGAGGAAUGUUUUCGGGCCAUACUGAGUGUGCCGGAGAGGUGAUCGAGAGGAACGGACAGAAGCUCAAGCUCUUCUAUGGGAUGAGCUCAGAGACAGCAAUGAAGAAACACUCGGGAGGGGUUGCGGAGUAUAGAGCCCCUGAGGGCAAGACGGUGGAAGUGCCUUACAAAGGUGACGUCGAGAACACUAUUCUGGAUAUUCUCGGGGGACUGAGGUCUACCUGCACCUACGUGGGGGCCGCCAAACUCAAAGAGCUCAGCAGGAGGGCGACGUUCAUCCGAGUGACCCAGCAAUACAACACCGUGUUCAGCUAACCCUGUGGACGAGGCCACCUCCGGCCGGCGGAGGCGUCCACACACGCCUGCUUUUCCAUCUCCCUCCUCAUGUUAGGGCAGAGGUUCCAGCAGGUCCUGGGGUGUGGGGGGCCCCCCUCCUCCUCCCAUCACCUGGAGGCUGCAGGGCUCCCCUAGGUCUAGGGGCCCAGAAGUUGGGCACUCAGUGGGUCAGCGGUUGGAGCUUACCUACCCAAAAUGUGUAACCUCAUUGGUAAAACUAAAACUCACGCCUUUUUUUUUUUUUAAGAAAAUGGUUUCACUUUAAUAUAAUGUUACAAA